CCCCCUCCCUCCAUAGGCCCGCCCUCAUGUGACGUCAUGCCGCUGCUUUCUUCCAUUCUUCUUAAUGGCAGCAGGAAGAUCUAGGAUUGACAGGUUGCCACUAAAAUGGGCUACUAAUUUAAGGGUUCUGCGAGUUUCCAAACUACCCACCAAGGCUUCGGGCUAGUUUGUGGUGCCUUAGCAGGCUUGUACAUUGGAAACAAGACAAUAUAUUUUUCUCUUAAGUAUACCUGUCUCACUUUUCCAAGUGCAUGUUGGGUAUUGUAGUUAUUGUUUAACAUUUUGACUACUGUCGAGUUUAAUAUAAACCUACAAUAUCCAGCACUACAAUUUUACUGCUGCUGUACUCUGCUCUUUACUGCAGUACUAGCCGUUCCAUCCCAACCUGUCUGCACUACAACCUGCUGCAUCUGAUGAGACUGUGAUGUAAUUCCCAUGCAUUAUAUAAAGCACUGCUGCCUGGAGGAUGAGGAGUGCGGUUGGGGCCGGGCUGCUACUGUGCCAUGAAAUGCUUGGGGUCCAAAGAAAACAACAAUCCCUUUCAUGUAAAUGAUGAAACAGUUUAUUAUUGGAAUUAGUGGUAUAACAAAUGGUGGGAAGACAACUCUCGCUAAUAGACUUCUGAAACUUCUGCCAAACUGUAGUCUAAUUUGCCAGGAUGACUAUUUUAAGCCUGAUUCAGACAUUGAAACAGAUGAAAAUGGAUUUAAACAGUAUGAUACCAUUGAGGCUUUAGACAUGGAAACAAUGAUUAAAGCUGUACAUUCCUGGAUAAAGCUAUCUCAAGAUGUCCUGGCUAUGGAAGAAAAAAAAGAAAUGUGCAGCACUUGUGAGGAAAAAGCAUACUUUUUAAUAGUUGAAGGGUUUCUUUUAUAUCAUUACAAAAAUUACUAUUGUAGGCCACUGGAAAAUGUGUUGAAUAGAAAAUACUUCCUAAGCAUUCCAUAUGAGGAAAGCAAACAAAGAAGAAGUAGAAGAAUUUAUAAUCCGCCAGACCCACCAGGUUACUUUGAUGGACAUGUCUGGCCUAUGUUUCUGAAGCACAAGAAGGAAAUGGAAGAAACUCAUAGUGAUAUUGUAUAUUUGGAUGGAACCAAAUCUGAAGAUGAAAUACAGUCUUUAGUCUAUUCUGAUAUAAUAACUUCUCAAUUCACAAGUAAAGCUGCUAAAAGAAAGUGUUGGUCGCCUUCUCUAGGAAUUAUUCAUUUAAUGUAAAAAUGAAUCCAGAAGACCACAACCCGGCACAAUAUACAAAGAGUACGGACCCAAACAUGUUUAAUAUGUAGUAGGAAGAUAUCACAGGUUAAGAACAGAUGAAAGGAACAUGAUUAUUUACAAUGUUGCAUCAUACUUAUAAUUGACAAACUCAAAGCAAUGGAUUUUGUUGCUAUAUUGUGCAUGCUACCUCACAAUGCUUAUAACUAAAACAAUUUGUCUGGAAACAUUUGUUUGACUUCAGUUGUGUUUGUUGCAACAUGGAAUUCCUUAUGCUGUGGAAAUUUUGUAUAGUGAUGUUCUGAAGUAAAGAAAAACUUUAGUAUCCAUU